CGCUCCUCCUCCCUCGCUGCGAUUGGUCGGCAUCGAGUGACGUGGAAGGCGGAGCCGCGUGCGCAGGGAGCGCAGCUGCGCCUGACCUUGCUCGCUGCUGCCAGACACACCGCGCCGAGAAGACAUGUCUGCGGCGGCCCCUGGGCUCCGCUGGUCCAAAGAGCACCUGCUCGUGGCGGUGCCGGUGGCGGUGGUCGCAGCAGCAGGUGGCUUCCUCCUGGGUCGGUACCUGAGUGGGCGGAGCUGCCAGAAGGGCCUGGUCAACCAGUGCGUCAACAAAGACAGUCCCAAAGUGGUGCACAGCUUCGACAUGGAGGACAUCGGCACCAAGGCGGUGUACUGCCGCUGCUGGAAGUCCAAGAAGUUCCCCUUCUGUGACGGCGCCCACGCCAAACACAACGAGGAGACCGGGGACAACGUGGGGCCCCUCAUCAUCAAGAAGAAAGACGCCUAAGGUCGGAGCGGAGCAGAGCCGUGUCCGUGCUGCCGCCGCCGCAGUGUUCCGCUGUAACGCCGCCGCAUCGGACUGUGAGCCAGGCACGCUGGAGCCUGACUGGCCUCCACCGUCAUGUGCUCAGCUUCUCAUGUUCUCCGCUGAAAUGUCCUCCAGUAUGAAAUGUUGACAAUGGAACAGAAUGAUGCCAAAGGUGUGAGCUGGUCUUGGGACGAUUGUCUGUCUUCAACUGUGAGAGGCUGCUGUGUUUUGGUUUCCUAAUGCUCUGACUCUUCAUCUGUAAAUAAAGUUGGGAGCCUGGAUUGUA